GAGGAGUCAUCAGUGUUCCUCACGAGACUGAAAUGUUUCUGCGUUCGCUGUCAAACUCCAGUAAAUGUUCUCUUUACCACUUUACCAUCUUGUACAUAAUUAUUUGAGGAGCUGGAGUGUGGGACACAUAUGGCUGUGUAUGAUGAGAAUAUCCUGAAGAACCCCUUUUACCUGGCCCUGGAGAAGCACAGACCGGACCUGAGCUCCAGGGUGGCAGAACUGCAUGGCAUCAUCCUGGUACCGUGCUGUGGAAGUUUACCGACGGCCUCGUUUACCGCAGCCCAGUUUGACGAGUACGUGCUUCAGCCGGCUGAACAGGGUUACCAGACGCUUGAUGGAAAGGAAGUGUCUAUAGACAAUAACCAGGUCCGUCUGGGAGCAGGGUUUCCCAAUCCCACUUCUGUCCCCAUCCUGUUUGAGGAGACUUUCUACAAUGAGAAGGAGCAGGCCUACAGCAUACUGUGCAUCACAAGACCCUUCGACUCUGACCACAGCCCUGAGGAGCUGAGUGCUGUUUCUGCGCUGUACUGUCUGAAGAACAUCGAGGAAGUAAGGGAAUUCUUGGGCCGCCAUGCUGAGAAACUGGACAAGUUUGUGGCCACCUUCUGUCAGUCCUACAAAGAACAAGAGAGGAGGGGCCUACGACAUCACAUAGACUCUGUAAAUACCCUUUACACAAAAUGUCUUCAGUGGCUGUUGAGGGACUCUCAUCUGAGGCUUUUGGCGAGACAGGAGAUACAGAUGACUCUGCUCAAACAAGCAGUGGAGAUGUACAUCCAUCAUGGCAUCCAUGAUCUACUCUUUAGUUAUGUUGGGACUCUUGAAGCAAGUCGGGAUGCAGCUUUCAACAAAACGACGCGAUCCUUACAGGAACUGCAGCAGAAAGACCUCGGUGUAAAGUCAGAAUUCAGUAUAAAUAUUCUUCGGGCUAAGAGGGAAUUGAGUCAGCUGAACGUCUGUACGUCUCCCCUGCAGAAACUGCUCUGCAUAAGGAAAGUUAUUUUAACCAUCAUGCAGUCGACCAGACGCCGAGAUACAGCGGUGAGCAUUGAGGCCAUGUGUGCCGAUGAUCUUCUGUCGGUUAUUCUCUAUUUGCUGAUCAAAACUGAAAUCCCGAACUGGAUGGCGAAUCUGAGUUAUAUAAAGAACUUCCGCUUCCGUAACUCCAGUAAGGAUGAUCUGAGCUACUAUCUGAGCUCGUUCGAGGCUGCUGUGGAGUACAUCCGCCAGGGGAACCUCACCCAGAGCCCUCUGGGGUCCGGAGAUAGACUGUCCUUCAGACAGAAGGUGGACCUGCUGUCCCAGAAUGCAACACCUACAGAUCAGCUCUUUGAGUACAUUGUAAGCGGAAAUGAGGUCGAGGUUCAGCGUUUGCUGAGCGAAAGCGAGAGUGAGGAGGACGGGAAGAAGUUAUGCCACCCGCUGUGUUCCUGUGACGCCUGUGACCUCCACAUCUCAGGGAGAUUAAACGACCCGUCCAUAGUCACUCCGUUCUCUCGGGAUGACCGAGGCUAUACUCCUCUACAUGUUGCUGCUAUUUGUGGUCAGUCGCUGCUGAUCGAUCUGCUGGUGUCAAAGGGAGCUGUGGUGAACGCCACCGACUACCAUGCCCUCACGCCGCUACACUUCUCCUGCCAGAAGGGCUACCAGGGAGUCACGCUGCUGCUCUUGGAUUAUAAGGCAAACACAGAUGCUCAGGAUAACAGCGGGAACACUCCUCUACACCUGGCCUGCAUGUACGGACACGAAGAUUGUGUGAAGGCGCUGGUGUACUUCGACCUGCACUCCUGUCGCCUGAACGUUCAGAACGAUAAGGGAGACACGCCGCUCCACAUCGCCGCGCGCUGGGGUUACGAGGGCAUCAUGGAAGUGCUCCUGGAGAACGGAGCAUCGACGCUCAUCCAUAACAAGGCCAAGGAGACUCCGUUACACUGCGCCCUCAACUCCAAGAUUCUGUCUCUGUUGGAGCGCAAACACAGUGACUCCAGUAAAAGGGAAAGUGGAUUUGAGUCUCCGAGUCGCUCUCCUCCACCGUCUGAUUGCAGCAGUAGACGCUCAUCCAUGUCCAGCUCUUCAUCAUUGAGUGUCGAGGCCCCAGCGCCGGAGACCGAACGCACCCGACACAAAGAGGUGGAGAAGCUGUUGAGAGCAGUGGCUGAUGGAGACGUGCAGAUGGUGCGUUAUCUGUUGGAGUGGUUGGAUGAGGAGCCAGAGGAAGAGGAGGUGACCGUGCCAGUGAAGACCGAGCUGUGCCAUCCUCUGUGCCAAUGCUCACGCUGUGAACCGUCACAGAAGAAAGCAGCCCAUCUGCAGGCGGAUGGUCUCGGUGUGAACAGCGUCAGUGCCGACGGCUUCUCGCCGCUCCACGUGGCAGCGCUGCACGGACACACAGCUCUGGUGUCUCUCUUCACCCGUCACGGUGCCAACAUCAAUGCCCGCAACACCCAGAGCGCCACGCCGCUUCACCUGGCCUGCCAGAACAACCACACACAGGUGGUGUGUGCUUUAUUGGAGUGUAAUGCCAAACUGAAUAAGAAGGAUCAAUAUGGAAAUACAGCGCUGAUUCAUGCUUGUCUAAAGGGAAAUCUGGAGAUAGCCACCGUCUUGCUGGAGAGCGGUGCGCUGGUGAAUCUGGCGAAUAGCCACGGGAACGCGGGUCUGCAUGAGGCGGUGAGGGGGGGGCACGUCCCGCUGGUGGAGCUGCUCCUGCACAGGGGGGCUCUGGUGCACCUGCGCAACAAGAGACAGAGGAACGCCCUCGACUGCGCUCACGAGACCGCCGGAAAGAACACAGAGAUUCAGAGACUCCUGCGGAAAGCCUGUGCUGAAGUCCCGGAUCUCCGUCUGGUCAAACCACACUCCAGAGGACUAGAGGGCAUUGUGGGACACUCAAUAGAUCACAGAGUGAAACGGCGUGAGAGUCCCAACAGUGGCAGACGAGACUUAGAUCACACUAAACAAAGGAGUCAGAAGAGGAGUGACCGAGCAGCAACCGCCUCAGCAGUUGCACAGACUCCAGACAGUCCGAGUGACCGACGGAGACUGAUGAGAGGAGAAACGCUGGACAUCAGUGGGCCGCAGUCGCCCCAGAGCCACAGCAGGAGCCUGACCCGCUGUCACACCAUCAGCCAGGACCUGACCCAGCGCUCGCUCCACACACCCUCAGCCGACCCGCAGGACCUGACCCAGCCCUCGCUCCACACACCCUCAGCCGACCCGCAGGACCUGACCCAGCCCUCGCUCCACACACCCUCAGCCGACCCGCAGGACCUGACCCAGCCCUCGCUCCACACACCCUCAGCCGACCCGCAGGACCUGACCCAGCCCUCGCUCCACACACCCUCAGCCGACCCGCAGGACCUGACCCAGCCCUCGCUCCACACACCCUCAGCCGACCCGCAGGACCUGACCCAGCCCUCGCUCCACACACCCUCAGCCGACCCGCAGGACCUGACCCAGCCCUCGCUCCACACACCCUCAGCCGACCCGCAGGACCUGACCCAGCCCUCGCUCCACACACCCUCAGCCGACCCGCAGGACCUGACCCAGCCCUCGCUCCACACACCCUCAGCCGACCCGCAGGACCUGACCCAGCCCUCGCUCCACACACCCUCAGCCGACCCGCAGGACCUGACCCAGCCCUCGCUCCACACACCCUCAGCCGACCCACAGGACCUGACCCAGCCCUCGCUCCACACACCCUCAGCCGACCCGCAGGACCUUACCCAGCCCUCGCUCCACACACCCUCAGCCGACCCGCAGGACCUGACCCAGCCCUCGCUCCACACACCCUCAGCCGACCCGCAGGACCUGACCCAGCCCUCGCUCCACACACCCUCAGCCGACCCGCAGGACCUGACCCAGCCCUCGCUCCACACACCCUCAGCCGACCCGCAGGACCUGACCCAGCCCUCGCUCCACACACCCUCAGCCGACCCGCAGGACCUGACCCAGCCCUCGCUCAACACACCCUCAGCCGACCCGCAGGACCUGACCCAGCCCUCGCUCCACACACCCUCAGCCGACCCGCAGGACCUUACCCAGCCCUCGCUCCACACACCCUCAGCCGACCCGCAGGACCUGACCCAGCCCUCGCUCCACACACCCUCAGCCGACCCGCAGCCGCUGGCCAUGGAUGUGGAGUCUGGGGGAAGCCAUGUGGACACCGCCGUCACAGAAAUGGACAGUGUUGUGUUGUGAUGUACCUGAUGUCCAAUGUUUUCUUUAAACAACUCCUGCUUAAUAGACGAAAUAUAACCCUCUCAUAGUGAAUCUGUUCCGCCUCCCCGUCCUGGUCUUUACUGUUUUGUUGAAGUAGCUUAAUUGAACUGAAUAUGCAAGGACUGUUUCCAAGCUGAACAUAUUUCCUCAUGCCUUUGGUUUAUGAGAUGGUAAAAAACAGUUUUAGAGGUUUUAAGUGGAAACUAGAGUUUACUCCGCAGCAAGAAGAGGAAGUUGCUUUUUUUAAUUGCACUUCCAAAUGUCGCUCUUAAAUCACAAAAUAUAAGAAAUAGUUUGCAUAUGUCAACACUGAUGGGUGAAAUGACAGACACAGCAAUGAAAAGGAUCAGACAGAAACCAGCUUUAGUGAGUAUUUCGGAUGUGUGAAGAAACGUUCUUAUUUUAUAACGUAGGUUAAAGGGAGACAUUUAGAAGAACCUGUACUGAAAGAGUGUGCAGGGUUUUUUUUUAUUAUUAUUAUUAUUUAAACAAGCACCUAAUUUUCUUUCACAAUGUCACAUUAUGAAAAGGGAUAAUAUCAUGUAGCAAGAUUUUAGUUUUUCUUUACAAAACUGAAGUGUUUCGUUUCAUUAAUCAUAUUUACAUUUGCUAAACAUGCUCUACUUCUAAUAGGUAGUUAAUAGUGUGUUUUUGUCCCCUCAUUUUUCUUUUCUUUUAAUGUCUUCCAAAUAUUUUUUUCUAUUUUGAUUAAUUCCAUUGGUCUUUUACGGGAUGAAUCUCCAUUUUAAACUGUCCCUCAAAUCUAGCAGUUAAUUACACUGAUAAUAAAGCUGAUGAAUCACCUUUAAUAAUAAUGCAGAUGAAUUGUAUUUGGUUAUUUAUUUUUUCUUCUGAUUACAAGGUGAAAAUGUUGCAUUUGUGAAGGAGUGAAGAAUUCCUGCGGGAUAAAUGUGAUCUAGGUUCAGCAGGGGUCAGUGUUAUGGACCACGGCUCUAUUUAAAUCAUGCACUUUAUUCCCUGGCAAGGUUACUGUGUUUGUUUGGUUGGUUUACCAAUAUGACUUUGCAGUUUACUAACAACACAUUUUGAGUGGCAGGUGUAAGUGCAUUUUCUACUGCAGGAGUGUGUGUGUGUGUGUGUGUGUAUGUUCGAAGGUUUAGAUUUAAUGCUGGACAGAAAGUAAUUAAAUAUCUUCACACAAAUUGACGAUGUAAUAAAAAUAGCUGGCUUGUGAUGUGAUCAAACAUCUUUGAAUGUAAGGUUUUUUGUGGGAAUCUGAUGAGUUAGAGACCAAUUAUUUUUGUAUUCCAUUUCAGUUUUUUUUCUGUAACAAUGCAGUAAAUGUGCCUUAUUUAAUUUGUGCCAAAGUAAUGUAAUAAAUCCAUAUUAGAAAUGAA